GCGCCACCAGGAGCAGCAGCCGCAGCAGCUCGCCGUCGAUGGCGAACCCGAGGAGAGCCAUCGCGCUGCAAAUCCCCGCGCAGACGGAGCCCCUCGCCGCCGCCCCGGCAGCCGCACCCGCCUUCUCGCUGCCGUCGUCGCUGCUCUACUUCCUGAAGCGGCCUGCGUCUUUCCCGUUUCUGCUCUCCCUCUUCGUGCUCCUCACCUGGAUCUCGCUCCGCUUCCACCACCCCUCCCCUUCCGCUCCCCUCCACCGGCCCUCCGUCGUGCACGACCCCCAGGCCAACCUCGUCCGUUUCCCCGCCGAGCUCUACCCCACCCCCAUCGCCGCCGACGGGCGCGGGUGGCUCCUUGACCCCGUCGCCGCUGCUCGGGACGCCGGAUUACCGGGGGGAGCACUAGUUUGUUUAUCACUACAUGUGGGACAGAUCCAGCCAGGUGGUUUGCGUGGCAAUCAUCGUCACCAUACAUGCAAUGAAACAUUUGUCAUCUGGGGUGCAAGGACCAAAUUCAGGUUAGAAAACACAGAUGUAAAAGAUAAAGGAUAUGGAGAAGCUAUGAUUGCCGCCGAUGAAGUGGCUAUUGUUGCAAGUGCAAGAUCAACUGCACAUGCCUUGAUAAAUAUGGACGUGCGUCCAACCUUCUUCUUGGGAUGUCAGGACACGCCAGUAAAUCCCAACAACUCGAAUACUGAUUACAAGGUCUGGAAAGAUCUCUGACAGUCACGUUGCUUCUAUGUUUGACGGCAAGCGAUCAGAAACUAUAAUAGUAGCAUGAAGCCUUCAGAACUCAUUCUGUUACCGUUGGUAAUGAUUUCAGAACUCAUUCUAUGUGUGUGGUUAAUUAGUUAUGACUUGUGGCUUACAAGGAUAGUUGCAGUUGGCAAUCUAUUCUUUUGUUUGGCAUGCCUAAUUGGUUCUGUAGUAGGUGGGUUUACACAUGUUCAUCAGUUCAUGUUGCAUAUAUUCUCCAGUAUUGUACCCCUUUGUCUAAUAUGACUUCCAUUUUCAGGUUAACUUUUUUGUUUCGAGGUGCAAUGCAGGGUUAUUGAUUGAUGACAGAUUGUAGUAUGCCUGUUCUUUGAAUGAUGUGUUAUCGAUAAAUUAUUUAUUGAUAUAUGCAGGUAAGGUAUAACAAUCUCUUUUGUAAUCACAUACUGCAAGAUAUAUCUGUGAACUUAAAUGUGAAUUCUGAUACGGCAAAGUAGCGUUUGGCACACAAAUCGGCUCGUUGCUUGUGUGGUGUUACUGGUGUAGCAUGGACACUGGUGUGCUUUCGCGUCUGUUUGUAUGCACACUUAUUUUUCUGCUUAUGCUUAUAUUUAUUA